AUGAGUGAGAGGAGAAGAUCGGCGGUGGCCCUCAGCUCCCGAGCUCACGCUUUCUCGGUAGAAGCCUUGAUCGGGACAAAUAAAAAGAGGAAACUGCGAGACUGGGAGGACAAGGGGCUGGAUUUGUCCAUGGAAAGCCUCAGCCCCAAUGGCCAGCUGGGGGACAAUGAAGACCCGACUCAGUGCCUGGACCUCAACCCUGACUCAGAACAGAGCACUGGGUCAGACACAGAGGUGCUGGCAGAAAGGACAUCCUGCUCAUUUGGCUCCCACUCUGACGUUACAUCUGGUGGCUCAGGCCCUCAGCCUCCUCCACCUUCAUCCAUGGAAGAGAUCCAGGUAGAGUUGCAGUGUGCAGAUCUCUGGAAAAGAUUUCAUGACAUUGGGACAGAGAUGAUCAUCACGAAAGCAGGCAGGAGAAUGUUUCCAGCCAUGAGGGUGAAAAUUACAGGCUUGGAUCCCCAUCAGCAGUAUUAUAUUGCCAUGGACAUUGUCCCUGUGGAUAACAAGAGAUACAGGUAUGUGUACCACAGCUCCAAGUGGAUGGUGGCUGGCAAUGCUGACUCCCCAGUGCCCCCCAGGGUUUACAUCCACCCUGACUCCCUGGCUUCUGGAGACACCUGGAUGAGGCAGGUGGUCAGUUUUGACAAGCUCAAGCUGACCAACAACGAGCUUGAUGAUCAAGGCCAUAUAAUCUUACAUUCAAUGCAUAAGUAUCAGCCUCGUGUUCAUGUCAUCCGCAAGGAUUUCAGCAGUGAUCUUUCUCCUACAAAGCCAGUUCCUUCAGGAGAUGGGGUGAAAACCUUCAACUUCCCUGAGACUGUUUUCACCACAGUGACAGCCUACCAAAACCAACAGAUCACCAGAUUAAAAAUUGACAGAAACCCCUUUGCCAAAGGUUUCAGAGAUUCUGGGAGAAACAGGACGGGGCUGGAGGCCAUCAUGGAGACCUACGCCUUUUGGAGGCCCCCCGUGCGCACUCUCACCUUUGAAGAUUUCACUACCAUGCAGAAGCAGCAAGGAGGCAGCACAGGAACGUCCCCGACCACCUCCAGCACAGGGACCCCAUCACCAUCCGCUUCUUCUCACCUUCUCUCUCCAUCCUGCUCUCCUCCAGCCUUCCAUCUGGCCCCCAACACUUUCAAUGUUGGCUGCCGGGAGAGUCAGCUUUGCAACCUCAACCUGUCUGAUUAUCCUCCCUGCGCCAGAAGCAACAUGGCAGCACUGCAGAGCUACCCAGGGCUGAGCGACGGGGGCUACAACCGGCUGCAGAGCAGCAGCGCUUCAGCCUCGCAGCCCUCCGAAACCUUCAUGCCUCAGAGGACUCCCUCCUUGAUCUCAGGAAUGCCGGCUCCUUCCUCCCUGCCCAGCAACAGCAAGAUGGAGGCCUACAGCGGCCAGCUGGGAUCUUUCCCCAGCUCCCAGUUUCAGUAUGUCAUGCAAGCAGGCAACCCUGCCUCCACCUCCUCCUCCUCACACAUGUUUGGUGGCGGCCACAUGCAGCAGAGCUCCUACAAUGCCUUCUCCCUGCACAAUCCCUACAACCUCUAUGGAUACAAUUUCCCUGCUUCCCCCAGGCUGGCGGCAAGCCCAGAGAAACUCACCACCUCCCAAAGCACUUUACUCUGCUCUUCCCCCUCCAGUGGGGCCUUUGGAGAGAGGCAAUACCUUUCCACGGGGAUGGAUCACGGGAUGCACAUGAUCAGCCCUCCCUCCAGCAACCAGCAGACAGCGGCGGCCUGUGACAACAGGCAGUACGGAGCGGUGCAGGGCUCCUCCUCACAGAUGUCUGUGCACAUGGUCUAACAAGCCUUGCCUCUCCUCGGCAUCGAAGGCAGCCAGACCUUCAUCCUUUCCAGGGGGGAACCCAUCCCAGUACUCUUUUGCCUUCGAACUUAUAGUGGAACUAGUAUUGUAACGAUAAACAAGAACAUAAGCCAUCUAGGUGUGUGCCCCAAAACCUUCUGGAGAGCCUUGACUGACAGCCAUCGCCGCUUGUUGUAGCCCAGGGCCUCCAGACUGGCAUGGAGCAUCUGCUUUUCCCGGACAUUGCAGAGAAGAGGGCAUGACUUUAACGAGGAGCUGGAGAGAAGCAGCUGAAUUUACUGUUUUAUGCAUUAACUUUAGGCAGUGUGGGCUUUCAGCGUGGAGGGAUCCAUUCCCUGUGCUGUCUCCUCCAAGUGUUGAAGAACGGCAGUCUCCCAGGGCUUCAUCCUCUGAAGCUGCACUGCCCAAAGGUCUAAAGACCUCCCUUUUCCCAGACAAUUCCUCACUGCCAGAGUGGCUCAGGCCAUUACUGAAACCAGCAAGGCCUGUGGGUCUUCCUUCCACUGUAGCACAGGAAUGGCGCGGAGGAGCUGCAGAUCCUUCUGAAGAGGUUUCUCAUUCUCACCAUGGCUCUGCCCAACCGGCUGUUCCUUUAUGGAGGUCGAGCUCACCAGCACCCAGCCUGCAGAUGGAGGUGGGAGAGAGAGGAGAGAAAAGUUUUAGCUCACAAGUGAGCCUCAGACAGAAGCGGGGAUGGAACUUUGGAAAGGUGAAUGGGGGGAGGGGUCUCGGCUCCUGUUGGCUUGACUGGAAGUUACGCAGCG